AUGUCUACUUCAAAGACUGGCGCCGAGGCCACGAAGCCUCUCGACAUUAGCAACCUCAUGUCUCCGCCUGAGCUUCCUCCCAUGGAGUCGUUUGCGCACUCUACAACAGUAGCCAAGGCAACAGAGCAGGUAACCUCAAACGUGCGCAAGGCUCAUGGACCCAAUCCUCCCUUGUCGCCACCAAUCAGUCCUUUGACAAAGGUCGACCAUUCUGUCGCUGCAUCUACCAGAAGUAGCACGCCCGUAAAGGACCCUAUUCUCUAUCCCAGUCACGAGCUUUCACCGACUCAACCACCACUAUUCGGCCGGGAAGAUUCAGUCGAGACUCGGCGUGUUAUCGACCUUCAUGUUGAAUCUAGACCUACUGAUAUGUUCAAGCAAGUUGCGCCGCCGCGCCUUGAAGAUUAUCAGGUGAUCAUGACAUUCCAGUCUCGGGUUAUGGAAUUGUACAAGAAGGAUCCUCGAGCAUGGUACAAGCAUUGCCGUGAACAAGCUCUCAUAGACAGAAAGGAGCAAUGGAAGUACAAUCGUCACAAGCAGAAGCCCAUUCUCCCGGCAAAGCCCCAGCCUAUCCGCAAUCAUGUACAGCGAGUUGUCAAACCAUCGAGAGCUACGAACCGGCCGCUGCAAGCAUCGGCACCGGCUCCUCGACCUAUCCGAGCAGCCUCCCCUACUGCUCCACCUCAGAGGCAGGUCAUUUCAAGAAUCAAUGCCACGCCCGAUCCCGCUUCGCGCAGAGUGACGGCACCCAGCCGCGAGGACAAGGACUUUAAUGCCCUGCCGGACUACUGCCCACCCUUGAGCUCUCUACCCGCCAAGGCAAACAGCCUCAAAGUUGACUGGAAGGGAGCUCCGAUCGAUCUGAACAGCGACCCUAACCGUCACUUGCUCCACCCUGACGAGCUUUUGCUUGCAGCCAACUUGCGACUUGAUGCUGCAACUUACCUGACCAGCAAGCGCAGAAUGUUCAUGGCUCGCCUCGACUGUCUGAAAAUCAAAAAGGAGUUCCGCAAGACGGAUGCUCAGCAGGCUUGCAAGAUCGACGUCAACAAGGCAUCGAAGCUGUGGACGGCCUUUGACAAAGUUGGCUGGCUAGAGCAGCACUGGGUCGCGCGCUUUGCCUAA